GAGCGGCGGGCGCGGCGCGGCGGGGCGGAGCGGCCUGAGUAGUGGCGGGCGGGCAGGCGGUCAUCCGCCCGGGGACCCGGCCCGGGACCGGCGGCGCGCGGUGGCCGAGGCCAGCUGCAGGACACGCGCGCCCCGAGCCCGGGAGGCAUGCUGAAGCCAGGCGGCUGGCAGGAUGAGUGUGAAAGAGGCAGGCAGCUCGGGCCGCCGGGAGCAGGCGGCCUACCACCUGCACAUCUACCCCCAGCUGUCCACCACCGAGAGCCAGGCCUCGUGCCGCGUGACCGCCACCAAGGACAGCACCACCUCGGACGUCAUCAAGGACGCCAUCGCCAGCCUGCGACUGGACGGCACCAAAUGCUACGUGCUGGUGGAGGUCAAAGAGUCGGGUGGCGAGGAGUGGGUGCUGGACGCCAACGACUCGCCCGUGCACCGGGUGCUGCUGUGGCCCCGGCGGGCGCAGGAUGAGCACCCGCAGGAGGAUGGCUACUACUUCCUGCUGCAGGAGCGCAACGCGGACGGGACCAUCAAGUACGUGCACAUGCAGCUGGUGGCGCAGGCCACGGCCACCCGGCGCCUGGUGGAGCGUGGCCUCCUGCCGCGGCAGCAGGCGGACUUUGAUGACCUGUGUAACCUCCCUGAGCUGACUGAGGCCAACCUCCUGAAGAACCUCAAGCACCGCUUCCUGCAACAGAAGAUCUACACGUACGCAGGGAGCAUCCUGGUGGCCAUCAACCCCUUUAAGUUCCUGCCCAUCUACAACCCCAAGUACGUGAAGAUGUACGAGAACCAGCAGCUGGGCAAGCUGGAGCCGCACGUCUUUGCGCUGGCCGAUGUGGCCUACUACACCAUGCUCAGGAAGCGCGUGAACCAGUGCAUCGUGAUCUCGGGCGAGAGCGGCUCGGGCAAGACCCAGAGCACCAACUUCCUCAUCCACUGCCUCACCGCCCUCAGCCAGAAGGGCUAUGCCAGCGGCGUCGAGAGGACCAUCCUGGGUGCCGGCCCCGUGCUGGAGGCUUUUGGAAACGCCAAGACGGCCCACAACAACAACUCCAGCCGGUUUGGGAAAUUCAUCCAAGUCAGCUACCUAGAGAGUGGCAUCGUGAGAGGAGCUGUUGUCGAAAAAUAUCUGCUUGAAAAGUCUCGCCUGGUAUCUCAGGAGAAGGACGAGAGGAACUACCACGUGUUUUAUUAUUUGUUACUCGGGGUCAGUGAGGAAGAACGCCGAGAAUUUCAGCUUAAGCAGCCUGAAGAUUAUUUCUACCUCAACCAGCAUAACUUGAAGAUUGAAGAUGGGGAGGACCUGAAGCAUGACUUUGAGAGGCUCAAGCAGGCCAUGGAGAUGGUGGGCUUCCUCCCCGCCACCAAGAAGCAGAUUUUUGCUGUCCUCUCGGCCAUCCUGUACCUGGGCAACGUCACUUACAAGAAGAGAGCCACAGGCCGAGAGGAAGGGUUGGAGGUCGGGCCGCCCGAGGUGCUGGACACCCUGUCCCAGCUUCUGAAGGUGAAGCGGGAAAUCUUGGUGGAGGUUCUAACCAAAAGAAAAACAGUGACCGUCAACGACAAGCUCAUCCUUCCCUACAGCCUCAGCGAGGCCAUCACCGCCCGCGACUCCAUGGCCAAGUCCUUGUACAGUGCCCUGUUCGACUGGAUUGUCCUGCGCAUCAACCACGCACUCCUCAACAAGAAGGACGUGGAAGAGGCAGUCUCGUGCCUGUCCAUCGGGGUCCUGGACAUCUUCGGGUUUGAAGACUUCGAGAGGAACAGUUUUGAGCAGUUCUGUAUCAACUACGCCAACGAGCAGCUGCAGUAUUAUUUCAACCAGCACAUCUUCAAACUGGAGCAGGAGGAGUACCAGGGCGAGGGAAUCACGUGGCACAACAUCGGCUACACAGACAACGUCGGCUGCAUCCAUCUCAUCAGCAAGAAGCCCACAGGCCUCUUCUACCUGCUGGACGAGGAGAGCAACUUCCCCCAUGCCACGAGCCAGACCCUGCUGGCCAAGUUCAAACAGCAGCACGAGGACAAUAAGUACUUCCUGGGGACCCCAGUCAUGGAGCCAGCCUUCAUCAUCCAGCACUUCGCAGGGAAGGUGAAAUAUCAGAUCAAGGACUUCCGGGAGAAGAACAUGGACUACAUGCGGCCGGACAUCGUGGCCCUGCUGCGGGGCAGCGACAGCUCCUAUGUGCGAGAGCUCAUUGGCAUGGACCCUGUGGCCGUGUUCCGCUGGGCCGUGCUCCGGGCCGCUAUCCGGGCGAUGGCCGUCCUCCGGGAGGCCGGACACCUGCGGGCCGAGCGGGCCGAGAAGGCUGCAGCAGGUAUGAGCAGCCCUGGUACCCGAAGUCACGCGGAAGAGCUGCCAAGAGGAGCCAACACCCCUUCGGAAAAACUUUACCGCUGCUCAAUGCUAGAUUUCUCAUUUGACGGCUCUGAGGAGUUCGAUAUUAACGCUUUUGAGGACAUCAUUGCUUUCUAUGAAAGCAAGAAUGAUUUGCAUAACCAAAUGAUCAAGAGCAUCAAAGGAUUGCCCUGGCAGGGCGAGGACCCCCGUAGGCUUCUCCAGUCCCUCAGUCGGCUCCAGAAACCCCGCGCCUUCAUCCUGAAAAGUAAAGGUAUCAAACAAAAGCAGAUCAUUCCAAAGAACCUGCUGGACUCCAAGUCCCUGAAACUCAUCAUCAGCAUGACCCUGCACGACCGCACCACCAAGUCCUUAUUGCAUCUGCACAAGAAGAAAAAGCCACCGAGCAUCAGCGCCCAGUUCCAGACAUCCCUUAACAAGCUCCUGGAGGCGCUAGGGAAGGCAGAGCCCUUCUUCAUCCGCUGCAUCCGUUCCAAUGCUGAAAAGAAAGAGCUGUGCUUUGAUGACGAGCUGGUCCUGCAGCAGCUGCGCUACACAGGCAUGCUGGAGACCGUGCGCAUCCGGAGGUCAGGGUACAGCGCCAAGUACACCUUCAAGGAGUUCACUGAGCAGUUCCAGGUACUCCUGCCCAAGGACGCCCAGCCCUGCAGGGAGGUCAUCGCCACCCUCCUGGAGAAGAUGAAUGUGGACAAGAGGAACUACCAGAUCGGCAAGACCAAGGUCUUCCUGAAGGAGACAGAGAGGCAGGCCCUGCAGGAGACGCUGCACCGGGAGGUGGUGCGGAAAAUCCUGCUGCUGCAGAGCUGGUUCCGGAUGGUGCUGGAGCGCCGGCACUUCCUGCAGACGAAGCGGGCCACCAUCACCAUCCAGGCCUGCUGGCGGUCCUACCGGGUGCGGAGGGCGCUGGAGAGGACACAGGCCGCCGUGUACCUCCAGGCCGCGUGGAGGGGCUACCGGCAGCGAAGGCUGUACCGGCGCUGGAGACAGAGCAUCAUCCGCCUGCAGAGCCUCUGCCGGGGGCAUCUGCAGCGCAAGAGCUUCAGCCAGAUGAUCUCGGAGAAGCAGAAGGCGGAGGAGAAGGAGAGAGAAGCCCGGGAAGCUGCAAGAGCAGGCACUGAGGACGGGCGGGAGCAGGCAGCCGGCAGGCAGGGAGCUGAGCCGGGGCCGGAGCCUGCAGAGGAUGGCGGGCACCUGGUGUCGGAGCCUGAGGUGUGGCCAGGCGACAGGUCCCCCCCAGAGCACUCCCCACCCGAGAAGGAGGCCCCAAGCCCAGAGAAGACUCUCCCCUCACAGAAAACCGUGGUGGCUGAAAGUCACGAGAAAGUCCCCAGCAGCCGGGAGAAGCGUGAGUCACGUCGGCAAAGAGGGCUGGAGCAUGUCAAGUUCCAGAACAAACACGUCCAGUCUUGCAAGGAGGAGAGUGCCCUCAGAGAACCUUCCAAAAGGGUCACCCAGGACCAAGGGUUGAGCCUCCCAGAAGACGAAAAGGAGAGCAGAGAAGAUGAAACCCUUCUAGUCGUGGAGACAGAGGCUGAGGACACAUCUGAGAAGCAGCCCACGGAACAGCCCCCGGCCAUGGCCGUCGGCAGGGUCUCCACAGACACUGAGAAGGCGCCACCGGGUGGGAGCCCCAGGCCUGGCCAGGUGGAGCGGCCGACCAGCCUGGCCUUGGAUGGCAGGGUCAGCCCACCGGCCCCCAGCAGCGCCCCUGGGACCCCCGAGGACAGAAGCAAACCGUGCGGCAGCCUGAGGGCUCAGGAGAAGCCCGACAGCCCUGGGGGCUCCACACAGAUCCAGCGGUAUCUGGACGCCGAGCGGCUGGCCAACGCCGUGGAGCUGUGGCGGGGCAAGAAGCUGGUGGCCGCCACCAGCCCCAGCACCAUGCUCAGCCAGUCCCUGGACCUCAGCGACAGACACCGGGUCGCGGGAGCCACCCUCACGCCCACAGAGGAGAGGCGCAUCUCCUUUUCCACGAGCGAUGUCUCCAAGCUCCUCCCGUCCCCGGCCAAGGCUCAGCCUGCAUCCGAAACCACGGAUGGAGAUCGAAACUCGAAGAGGCCGGCUGUCCAGAAGAAGAAGUCAGGCGACGCAUCCUCUGGCCCAGAUGCAGGGCUGUCCCCAGGCUCCCAGGUCGACUCUAAAUCCACAUUUAAGAGGCUUUUUCUGCAUAAAACCAAGGAUAAAAAAUACAGCCUGGAGGGUGCAGAGGAGCUGGAGAAUGCAGUGUCCGGGCACGUGGUGCCGGAAGCCACCACCAUGAAGAAGAGCCUGGAAGCCCCCUCUGGAAACCAGCACCGCCACACUGCAGGUGAGAAGCGCACCAAGGAACCCGGAAGCAAAGGGAAGAAGAACCGAAACGUCAAGAUUGGGAAGAUCACGGUGUCAGAGAAGUGGCGGGAAUCGGUAUUCCGCCAGAUCACCAAUGCCAAUGAGCUCAAGUACCUGGACGAGUUCCUACUGAAUAAGAUAAAUGACCUCCGUUCCCAGAAGACGCCCAUCGAGAGCUUGUUCAUCGAGGCCACCGAGAAGUUCAGGAGCAAUAUCAAAACCAUGUACUCCGUCCCGAAUGGGAAAAUCCACGUGGGCUACAAGGAUCUGAUGGAGAACUACCAGAUCGUCGUCAGCAACCUGGCCACCGAGCGGGGUGAGAAGGACACCAACCUGGUCCUCAACCUCUUCCAGUCGCUGCUAGAUGAAUUCACCCGUGGCUACACCAAGAAUGACUUCGAGACAGUGAAGCAGAGCAAAGCUCAGAAGAAGAAGCGGAAGCAGGAGCGCGCUGUCCAGGAGCACAACGGGCACGUGUUCGCCAGCUAUCAGGUGAGCAUCCCACAGUCGUGCGAGCAGUGCCUCUCCUACAUCUGGCUCAUGGACAAGGCCCUGCUUUGCAGCGUGUGUAAAAUGACCUGCCACAAGAAGUGCGUGCACAAGAUUCAGAGCCACUGCUCCUACACCUACGGGAGGAAGGGCGAGUCGGGCGCUGAGCCGGGCCACUUCGGCGUGUGCGUGGACAGCCUGACCAGUGACAAGGCCUCAGUGCCCAUCGUGCUGGAGAAGCUCCUGGAACACGUGGAGAUGCAUGGCCUGUACACUGAGGGCCUCUACCGCAAGUCGGGCGCCGCCAACCGCACUCGGGAGCUCAGGCAGGCGCUGCAAACAGACCCUGCAGCAGUCAAGCUGGAGAACUUCCCCAUCCACGCCAUCACGGGGGUGCUGAAGCAGUGGCUGCGCGAGCUGCCGGAGCCCCUCAUGACCUUCGCACAGUACGGCGACUUCCUCCGAGCCGUCGAGCUGCCGGAGAAGCAGGAGCAGCUGGCUGCCAUCUACGCUGUCCUGGAGCACCUUCCACAAGCCAAUCACAACUCCCUGGAGAGACUCAUCUUCCACCUUGUCAAGGUGGCCCUGCUGGAGGAAGUCAACCGCAUGUCGCCCGGGGCGCUGGCCAUCAUCUUCGCACCCUGCCUCCUGCGCUGCCCCGACAGCUCCGACCCGCUGACCAGCAUGAAGGAUGUCCUCAAGAUCACCACGUGCGUGGAAAUGCUGAUCAAGGAGCAGAUGAGGAAAUACAAGGUGAAGAUGGAAGAGAUCAGCCAACUGGAGGCUGCAGAGAGUAUCGCCUUCCGCAGGCUGUCGCUUCUUCGACAAAAUGCUCCAUGGCCUCUCAAACUGGGGUUUUCAUCUCCCUAUGAGGGAGUCCUGAACAAGAGUCCCAAGGCCCGGGAGAACCAGGGGGAGGAGCUGGAGGUGCUGCUGGAGGAGGAGGCGGCUGGUGGCGAUGAGGACCGGGAGAAGGAGAUUCUCAUUGAACGCAUCCAGUCCAUCAAGGAGGAGAAGGAGGACAUCACCUACCGGUUGCCGGAGCUGGACCCAAGGGGCUCAGAUGAGGAGAACCUGGACUCAGAGACGUCGGUCAGCACCGAGAGCCUGCUGGAGGAGCGGGCCGGGCGGGGGGCCUCGGAAGGUCAGUAUUAAGGGCCCCCUGCGCCUGCUCUCCCUUGCCCCGGCGCGCCCGCCCCGAGCCCCCUCCCCACCGUGGCCGCCCCUCCACGUCGAAGGCCGUCGUCCUUCGUAACAGUCAGAGCGAAGACCCCCCGGCGGACCCCCAUCAUGCCCACGGCCAACAUCAAGCUCCCACCAGGCCUGCCCUCCCACCUGCCCAUCUGGGCACCGGGUGCCCGGGAGGCGGCUGCCCCAGUGCGGCGCCGGGAGCCACCUGCCCGCCGCCCGGACCAGGUACAUUCUGUGUACAUCGCACCUGGGGCAGACCUGCCAUCACAGGGCGCCCUGGAGCCGCUGGACGAGGACGGCCAGCUACCUGGGGCCAAGCGGAGGUACUCGGACCCCCCAAUGUACUGCCUGCCCCCCGCCUCGGGCCAAGCCAAUGGCUGAGGACCACAGCUGACAGUCCGCAUGACCGAGGUGGGCCCCUGGGCCGGAGCUGAGCGCCAGAGCUGCAGAGCUCAUGUUUGGCCCUCAGAGAAGGAUCCAGAAUCAAAAGCUCAAGAGCAACGUGAGGUGGGCAUCGGCCCCAAGUGCAGAGUCAAGGCAGGGAGAGGCUGGCUGGAGCCAGACCCCCUCACGCCUGGCCCCCAAAUCGCCGACGUGCCCCCGGGGUGCGCCCCAUCUCUGCAGGUGGCCUCACGGCUGCCCACUCCCCUUGAGUAUGUUUAACUGUUUCUUUGUAUGUGGUAUACGUAACUUUAAACUGUAACAGCCUUAAUGGAAGACCAAAUGGUUUUUUAUAUGUGUAUGUACAGUUUUCUAUUAACGCUGCCCGUCUCCCUUGUAACCUGGAGGUGAGCUGUCAGAGCGGAGGCCACCGGGCCACUGCCCGUCUGAGGCUCAGACUCCCGCCGUGGUUGGCUUGGGGUAGUCAGCGGGCUGGGACCCUCCAUGAGAGUUUUGGACACUUGGGCUACCUGAUCUGCACCUGUGUGACACGUGUCUCCAGGGGACAGCCAUCUGGCCGAUGUGCAUUUAAGGACAUGCUGGAACCGUCCAUGGGGGUCUGGGCUAUUGGCUGGAGCCAGGACAUGAGACAGGGGCACCACGGACCUCACGUGCCAGGGAGACUUGAAUGUGGUUGUCACUUCCGGACGCCAGGGGCUGGCUGCAGGAGGCUGCUCUUGGCACUACCCACACUGAGUGACAGAACAGGAGCUUGUGACCCAGGACUGCUCACAGGCCAGAAGGGCAAAGCCUGAAGUCAGACCUCCUUACAGGUCAACAGGGACAGCCUGGGUAUCUCUGGGGCAGGGCCCUCCUCUCUCAGGCCCGGCCCACCAGACACCUGGACACAUGGCCACAAAUCUGGGACAAGGAACCCCCUGCACAGCGCGAGAAAUAAAAAGUGCCUGAGAAGUGUG